CAGUUUACAUGUAGCCCCUCCCUUUCCUCCAUCAGGGAAUAUUCAUACAUUUUUGCUGAAGCACUCCAAGUAGUGGCAGAUCCUGGUAUUCCAUGGAACAAAAUACAUGUGUGGAGGAGAAGUUUGGUGUGCAUAAAUGUUGCAUAUCCUUCUCAAAUUAUCUAUCAAGAGAAGACCUUAGCUGAUCAGAACCACCAGGUCACCUCCUGCUAAUAUAUCAAAUGUACUAAACUCUUUUCCCUUCUGUUUUGACAUUACAGCACAGGAAAUUAUGGCUCAGGGAUGUCUUAUGGUCUGCAGGCUGUUGUUGCUUCUCUGGACUCUGCUGAUGGCGCACCCAGAGGUCUCCGAUUGUUCCGAAUGCCCCCCUGGUUGCAGCUGCUCUUUCACGGUGUGGUUUGUUCGGUGCUCCAAUGCCAGCCUCUCUUCUCCUCCUGCUGGCUUCCCGCAUGCCACGGUGGAGCUGGACCUCCAGUUCAAUUGGUUUGACAGCCUGCCUGCAGCCUCUUUCCCCAGUUUGCCAGACCUCACCACACUUUACCUUGGAAGCAGCCGUGUGCACCUAAUUGAGCUGGGAACCUUUCAAGGGGUGAAUAAUUUGUACCAUCUCUAUCUGGACAAUAACCUCCUUGAAGAGAUUCCAGCAGGGGCCUUUGAAAACCUGACCAGUCUAGUCUUCCUGCAUCUGCAGCGCAACCGUAUCACUUCUCUUUCACCAGAUGCAUUUUCCUCUUUGAAAAGGCUGAGUGUCCUAGACUUAAGCCACAACCUACUGGCUGAACUUUCAGACAGGUGCCUUAAUGGUCUCCAGCAGCUGCGCCAGCUUCAUCUCAGCUCCAACCUCAUCUCCAACAUGUCCACCCGAGCUCUUCCAGGGAGCUUGCGCACACUGUACCUUGACUGGAACAGGCUGAAGAGUGUGCCAUAUGCCGUCUGUAACUCUGUCACACUCUCCAGCCUUCACCUCAGUGGCAACCCAAUCAGGGAUCUGACCUCUCUCUCUUCUGGGAGGAAGCUCAGCUCCUUACGGCAGCUGUUCUUAGAAAAUCUGCUUCUGGAGAAGAACAUCACCAGCUCAACUUUUAAAAGGCUCCGCAGACUUGAGGUUUUGAGCCUCAGGAACAAUAGUUUGGAAACACUGCCUUCCCUUUCAUCUCUCAAGUAUCUCUCUACUUUGCAUCUGACCGGGAACAAGUGGCACUGUGAUUGCAACCUGAUCUGGCUUCGUACCUGGCAGAAGAAGGUGAUGAAAAAGGAUCGUAGUCCAGUGGAAUGCAGUUCCCCAGAUGCCCUUCAGGGACAACAACUAGUGAAUAUAGAGUUACAGAAACUGACUUGUCCCCCUUAUCAAACCAAAUCUGACAUAAGCAGCUCCUCUGCAAAUAUAUUGAUGGCCUCUACACUACCUACUGUAGGAUCCUUGUCACAAGCUGCUACAUCACUUCCGGUUACUGUUUUCACUAAUUUCACUACCAGCAGGAUAACCUCCACCAUCAAAUCUACUACUCGCAAUAACGCUGCCACAGGUCAAACAACCCACAGUAACCAUCGCACAGUAGAACAACAUGACCCUUGCCUCUCUCAUGAUAUUAUUAACAUCAGCACAAGGACAAAGGGUAGCACUGCCCUACUGGUGAGCUGGUCUUCUUCAGGAGAUCAUAACCAAUUUGAAGUAUGGUGCAAGUCUUCUGUGGACCAGCACAGACUGAGAGUGAUUGGAGGAUUAACAGAGAUUGAACUACACCAUCUCCAGCCACAGACUACUUACAAAGUGUGCAUUAUUCCCCAGAAUGAGAACCUUGUAGAAUGUGUGGCCCCAACAGCUCAGCAAUGCACAUCAGGGCAUACCGGUGCUCCCUUUACGUCUCAGCACAACAAGUUAGCCCUGGGAAUUGGCGUGAGCAUUAUGCUUUUCAUACUUAUCACCAUGGCUAUCUUUGCCUUUUACAAGUGGCGGUUGCGGCCCAUCCAAUUCCAGCGCCACUAUGAUGAAGACGGGCCGUCUUCUCAGCAUCAAGGCAUUACUCAGUCCAAACCGACUACAGAAUCAAUCUAUGAGAACUUAGAAGAUGGCCAGCAUGUGACAGCUGCCAGUCAAUGGUGUGAAGAGAAGAUAGGCUGCACUUCUACUACCCCAUCCAGAUUUUCAUCUACACCAACGUAUGUGAGUCUGUAA